AUGGUGAGGCCGAAUUCACACUUGGCACAUGAGAGUAUGCGAAGGCGUCUAGGAGCAAUUGUGACGAACAUGGAUAGUCUGGAGGCAUGUGCAGGCAGAUAUAGACGUGAUACUACACACAGAACACUCAGGCAGCACGUUUGGACUCAUAAACAUCAGAUUGGAGCAAUACAAAGUAGAAAAUCCUAUUUAUAUGUUGUAAAGAUUCUUGGGAAGUUAAAGAUCAAUGAUUGCAAACCAGUUUGCACCUUCACAUUUUGGGGAAUAAAGUUAUUGAGAUUUGAUGAAGCUGGUCUUGCUAGUCGUUACAUUGAGUCUCAUAUCUUGACACAACAGAAUGAAUUUGUUGAUAAGUCAGACUAUUCCAUUAGCUAUAUGAUGUUUCAUUCUAUUCAUAUUUCCUUUGCAGUGAAACAUGAAGAUGAUGAGUGGGAAGAUGAUGAGUUCUUUCCUCCUAAUUAUGCAACAUUUAUUCGAUUUCUUAAAUUUUCGAUGAAGGUUAUCCUAACCAUCAUAGGAGUUGGGUUUUGGAGCGUACGGAGAAUUCAAGUAAAAAAAGAAAGACAUUCACAUGCAUUGCAGCUUAUGAAUGAGAUGAUUGAGUCUGAGCAAAGUUAUAAGUACCAAAAUAAUGGGCAAAAACCUGGAAAUCUGGAAUCCCAGUAUUCAGGAAGAGUUCUGCCUCCAUCUACUCUGCCACUAACUGAUGAUCAGCCAGUUGCCCAACUGAAUCCAGAAACCAAUGGCGGGAGAAAUUCGUCAACUGAUCAACCACAAAACCAAAAUGAGAAACAGAGAGAUGAAAACGAAAAUGGAUCAGUGAAAAAGGAUAUGCAAGUCUUAGCUAAAAGAGAGACUCCAAUACUAGUAGCGGCGAAGAUGGGAAUUCUCGAAAUGGUACAAAAAAUUCUUGACACAUUUCCAGUGGCCAUUCAAGACCUGGACUCUAGCGGGAAGAACGUGUUGAUGUUGGCAGCUAUAAAUAGGCACACCCCUGUUUUUGAUUAUUUCGUGGAGAAGAAGCUCCCAGGAUUCGUGUUUCACCAAUUCGAUGAUCAAGGAAACACCAUUCUGCACCUUGCUGCAAUGCUGGGAGAAUUUCUACCCUGGCGCAUUCCUGGUGCUGCUCUGCAGAUGCAAUGGGAGAUCAAAUGGUACAAGCAUGUUAAGCACUCAAUUCCACCACUAAGCUUUGCUCACAACAACACUAGCGGAGAGACCCCAAGGAAGAUCUUCACAAAGACACAUCGAAAGCUGGUCAAAGAAGGCGCUGAUUGGCUUAUCAAAACAUCAGAGUCAUGUUCUGUAAUUGCUGCACUCGUUGCCACUGUUGCAUUCGCUACCUCAACCACAGUGCCUGGAGGAUUAAACGAGGAUACAGGGCAUCCAGUUCUGGAAAACCAAACAGCAUUUGACGUGUUUUCCAUCACUUCCCUAGUUGCUCUCACCCUCGCUGUCACAGCCCUUGUGUUUUUUCUUUCCAUCAUUACUUCGAGAUGUCAGGAACGUGAUUUCAAAAAAAUAUUGCCGAGGAAACUUUUGCUCGGCUUAAGUUCUCUCUUUGCAUCCAUUGUUGCUAUGUUGAUCUCGUUCUGCGCAGGGCAUACCUUUAUCCUCAGAAAGAAAUUGAGAUAUGCAUCAGUUCCAAUAUAUGGUGUUGUCAGUGUACCAGUGGCAUUUUUUGCUCUCGCGCAGCUGCGACUAUGUUUUGAUCUUCUGUGGUCUACACUCAUAAAGGUGCCACUUCGCAGUUACAAGGUGUUCCAUGGUUAGAUUUUGUAACGACCCAAAUUUUUAAUAAAA